AUGCUUUUUCUUCCAACUGAAGUUCAACUUGAUGUAUUAAAAUUACUUAAUUUCAACCAAUUAUUCUCUGUUAAACUAACUUAUUUUUAUUUUUGCAAUUUAAUCAAUAAAUAUGAGGGGGAAUUGGCACAAAUUAAAUUUUAUAAAAUUUCAAUAUUAAAGCCAUAUAAAUUCAUUAAACCUAAAUUCGAAAUUUUUGAAAUAACUUUAAGCGAUCAACUUAAAGAGAAGUGGCAAACAGCUAUAGACAAAUCAAUUCCUUUAUUCUUGGAUAACUUCAUCAGUCAAUUAUUUGUUGGUUUAAAGACGACAGAGGCCGGAGGAUCUACUUAUAUCUUAGAAUUCCCAAACAUUCCAAAAAAUAUUCAAGAAAUGGGUAUUGCUCGUUGCUUGGCGGAAAUACUUUUUAAUUGUGCUUUUGAACGUGCUUUAUUUCUCGAAGGUAUAUUUAAUCCAGAAAUGUUCAAUAUAUUGUUCGAUAACGACAAAACAAUUCCUCUUCUUAACAUUGAUUAUUUAUAUCUAUCUGCUGGCAAUAGAAUAUGUGAAAAUUUGGUGGUCAUUUUAGAUAAUAUAGUAAUAUCUGAAUCUUUUUCGGUGAAUUUGAAAGAUGUUGACGUUCCAGAGCAAUAUACAAAUAUUUUACUUGAUAUUUUAUUAAAUAAAGGCGAUAAAUUACAUGACGUUGAGUUUGGGUUUAAAUGCGAAUUGCCACAAAUUUAUGAUCUCAUUAUUGAAUAUAUAGCAACAUCUAGAGACUGUUCAAAAAUUGUGUCUUAUAUUUCUUUACAUCACCCUGGAGGAACAAAAUUUAAAUUAAGUGAAAGAGCAGAAAACAUUAAAGUUAAUGACUUUGGGGUUAUAAAAUAUAUAAAUUACCACAUAUCCAAUAUUCACAAUCCAAAGGAAAGAUUUUAUUUUUAUAUUAACGAAACAAGACGUAAAGAUAUUGCUUCUAGUUUAAGAUUUAAAAAAGUAUAA